GAUUACAGAAGUUGUACUUCUUCUAUUUCACAUGGACUGUGAUUAUAAACAUAGACACUGGUUGACAAUUUAUAAGGAUUACAAUAGAGAGAUGACUACAGGGGACAGUGCCAGCCCUGCUUCUCUUCAAGAAUUAUCAUGUUAAAACAACAUGGACUUAUGUUUGCAAUUGCAUUUUGUAUGUUUUCUCUCUUUGUCUUGCAGAUCUCAUGGAUAUUGUUUAUUGGUUGAUUUAUAUAGUGGUAUCUACAGAUACCAGACGGGGAGUGUUCUGUCCAUAUAUUCAUAUGUACAUCUUUAAAUGCUAUUUUAGUUCUUGUGCUCCCUCUAGUGUUAUGUUUUAUUAUUGUAUUCAAUUUAAUGUAUAUUCUCUGUUCUACCUCUGACCUUUUUGAGGUCACUUCCUGCCUCCAUUUUGUUUCACUUGUGUGUGUAAAUUAGUUUCACUUUCAAUGUGUAAGUUUGCUAGAACUCUGCUAAUAGCUUUGUAGAGGCAAAUUCUUUUUACCUGGCAAUUACCACUUCUGGAACCUCAGAAUUCUUGUUUUGCAACAAUAAAGCAUGAAGGAUUCAUAAAUCUCUGCUGUGGAAUUUGUCUGAGUUAAGCUACUCUGCUGGAUUCUACUAAUCUAUACAAGCAUGGCGUCUGCUGAUCUGAGAGAGGAGCUAACCUGCUCUAUUUGCCUGAGCAUUUAUACAGAUCCUGUAACUCUGAGCUGUGGCCAUAACUUCUGCCUACCUUGUAUUGAGAGUGUGCUGGGUACCCAGGAGGAUUCUGGGGAUUAUACCUGUCCUGAGUGCAGAAAGAAAUUAAUUUACAGACCUGAGAUGCAGAGAAAUGUGACACUGUGUAAUUUACUAAAACAUUUACUCCCUAGUUAUCAAGAGACUGAUACUGGGAUCUUCUGCACUUACUGCAUUCACCCUGCCUUUAAAUCUUGUCUGCUGUGUGAGGCUUCUUUUUGUGAUUUCCAUUUGAGAAGACACAGUAAGUCUGAUGAACAUAUCUUAACUGAACCCACUACUUCAUGGGGCAACAGAAAAUGCUCAAUCCACAAGAAACUCCUGGAAUAUUACUGCACUAAGGAUGCUGCCUGUAUCUGUGUGUCUUGCUCCCUGGCUGGAGAGCACAGGGGACACCAGCUGGAACUGCUAAAUGAGGCUUCUCAAAAGAAAAAGAAUAAACUGAGAAAUCUUCUGCAGAAACUAACCAGAAAGAGAGAGAAGACUGAGAAAAGAGUCCAGAGUCUGCAGGAGCACAGGAGAGGGGUGCAAGAGAAAGCAGCUGGUGUAACAGAGCGACUCACUGCCCUGAUUAGGGACAUCAGGAAACAACUGGAAGACCUAGAGAAGAGAGCCCUGAGUGACAUCACCCGGCAGCAGGAGCAGGUUUUACUCACAAUCUCUGAUCUGAUCCAGCAGCUGGAAAAAGAGAAGGACGAGCUGACCAGUAAGAUGUUUCACAUUGAGGAGCUGUGCAACAUGACUGACCCAUUAACUGUCCUACAAGAACAGGAAUCACACAGAGAUGACUUUUGUGGUGCCUGGAAGGGAGAUAAUGAGCUCACACAGAGAGGUGAUAAACAGGUCCCUGCUUGGGGGGAUCUGGCUGAGGGUCUAAUUUCAGUGACCUUAUACAGAGGUUUAGCUGAUAUUGUGACUGAUGUAAAGAAAGGGUUCUAUAUGCAGGUGACAUCAGACAUUUUAAUGGAUAUGAACACAGCUAAUAAUAAUGUUAUUGUAUCAGGUGACUGUAAAAGUGCAUCCUGGUCAAUAAUAAACCAGGAACGACCAGAAACACCAGAGAGAUUUACAGAUGCUUCUCAGGUAUUAAGCACCAGGAGCUUUUCCUCAGGACGACAUUACUGGGAAGUGCAGACCAGUGAAUCAGGGGACUGGAGUAUAGGGUUUUGUUAUCCUAGUAUGCAAAGGAGGGGCACUGUGUCUCAUAUAGGAAAUAUGUACUGGAUACUGAGCAAUUGUCAUGCUGAGAAUGAUAAACAUGAUGAUGAUGACAGUGAUGCUAAUAAUGACAAAGAUAAGGAUGAUGAAGAUGAUAACAGUGAUGAUGAUAAUGAUGAUGAUGAUAAUGAUGAUGAUGACAGUGAUGCUAAUAAUGACAAAGAUAAGGAUGAUGAAGAUGAUAACAGUGAUGAUGAUGAUGAUGAAGAUUAUAAUUAUGAUGAUGAUGUUGAUAAUAACAGUGUUUAUGAUGAGGAUGAUGAGGAUGAUAACAUUGAUGAUGAUGACAAUGAUGUUGAUAAUGAGGAUCUUUCUAAUAUACAUUUGGAUGUUGCAGUACCACAUAAAACCAUAUACACUUCAUUACAUCAGUCUCUAUCAUGUGACAGAGUAGGAAUACUGCUGGACUAUGAGGCUGGGCGUCUGUCCUUUUAUGAGCUGUGUGACCCAAUCAGACACUUACACACAUUCAUUGACACCUUCACUGAGCCUCUUCAUGCUGCAUUCUGGGUAUGUGGUGAUGGUGCCUGGGUGAGAAUCAUGAGCUAGAAAUAUUAAUCACUGCCCAGCAAAAGGAAAACCAUAGCUGUAAUACAAUGUAUGUUUUCCUAUUACAUUAGGUCCCCUCUUUGAUCUUACAUAUAAAAAUACAUGUUCCUAUGUUAUGUAGCUAAAUAAGUAAUUAUUUUAAUAACUCAUAUAAUAAGACAUUCCGCAGUGAAUUUCUAUCUAUUAUCUAUCUGUCUGCCUAUUAUCUAUCAAUUGGUCUAUAUAUUCUCACUCUCACACUCACACACACUCUCUCUCACUCACUCUCUCUCUCUCUCUCUCUCUCACUCACACACUCUCUCUCUCUCUCUCUCUCUCUCACACACUCUCUCUCUCUCUCUCUCUCUCACUCACACUCUCUCACUCACACUCUCUCUCUCUCUCUCUCUCUCUCUCUCUCACUCACACACUCACUCACUCACUCUCACACUCACUCACUCUCACACUCACUCACUCACUCUCACACUCACUCACACUCACUCACUCACUCACACAUUCACUCUCUCUCUCUCACUCACACACUCUCUCUCUCUCUCUCUCUCACUCAC